CUCUCUUUUCACUAUUUUUAACUCAUAUCUCUCUUCUUCUCUCUGUUUUUUUUUUUGGUUCUAAAUUUAAGAUGUUUGAGUUAAUAUAUCACCAAAUUCAUCACCCCACUUCCUUAAAUUCAUCAAAUUUAUAGCUGAAGUAGCUUCAACUCAUGCAGUGUAUCAUAAAAAUCAAAUCUUUGAAGUUUCAAGAUUACUAAAGACUUCAGCUUUUUCAAGGGGAUUAAUGCUUUUUCUUGAAUUUUCUGUUUCUGGGUCGUUGAAAUGGAAAGAUUAGAGGUACCCCAUGUGGAGUUAGAGUGCUCCGGUAACAGUCGCCGGAGCUCCGUUAGUGUCAGUUUUUCCGAUGCCGACAAGGGUUCUUGUUAUUCUCAGUUUUGUUCCACUGCUGAUGGGUCUAAUCAAGAUGAUUAUAGCUAUACACGUGGCAGUGAGUCUGCUGAUUCAGUUGGUAUAGAAAUUGGAGAUGAUGAAAGUAAGGGGUAUUUGGGGGAAAUUGAAAGAGAUUGUAGGAUUUGUCACUUGAGUUUGGUGAGUUGUGGAAAUGAGUAUGGGGUUGCUAUUGAAUUGGGAUGUUCAUGUAAAGAUGAUUUGGCUGCUGCACAUAGGCAUUGUGCUGAAACAUGGUUCAAAAUCAAGGGAAAUAAGACUUGUGAAAUCUGCAAUUCAAUUGCACGCAAUGUUGUUGGGCCAACUGACAUUGAAUCAGCACAACAAACUAAUGAAAUAAAUGAUUUGGCUACAAAUGUAGUCCCUGUACAAGUAUCUUCCUCUUCAGAGAGGCGAACUUGUUUGAAUGGUCAUCGAUUCUUGAAUUUCCUUUUAGCUUGUAUGGUAUUUGCCUUUGUCAUAUCUUGGCUCUUCCACUUUAACAUCCCCUCAUAGUAUAGUAAAGAGUUGUUCAUGUACCAUGUGUAAAAGCCCUCUGAAGGCCUGAGAUGUUAAAAAGAAAUAUUUACACAUUCUUUUUCGACUAGCUUUGCAGUGCACCUACCUACCUACAAAGGCAAGCUGGGAAAACCUCGAAACUUUACAAUAGAGGUUGAGACAUCUUC